AUGUCGGGAAUAGACUCCAACAACUACUUCUUCUGCAAGAAUGUAUCAAGGCCUUGUACAAUUACUCAUGUCACUACAGCUAAUGUUAGACGCAAUGACAAUCCGAAUGAACCACCUAAUGUUAUUGCAAUCAAGGGAAAUACUAUUCAGAUACAAGAGUUGGUUGGCACGACUAGAAUGAACACUGUGGACGAGACCUACCUCUUCUCUACUGUUCGCGACAUUGCAACACUACCACCAUUACGCUCAACACUGACUGUUGACCCAGCAAUGCUAUCCACAAUAGACUCCAACAAUAACAACAAUAACAACAAUAACAAUCUGGCCAACAACAAGACACCUCAUCUCAGCUUGGCCAGUGGAGGUAACAAGACAUUGCACUCAUUAUUCAAAAACAAGGACCAACAAUCGCCAUUGCUAUCGGCGGACAAGUACAGACUUCCCGGACGAGCUAGAUCACGCGACCUAAUUCUGGUCACCUCGGACUCGGGAUAUCUCUCUGUCCUUGGAUGGUCAGACGAUCACAAACAGUUGGUAGCGCUCCAACAACUUCAAAUUGCUCCGCCCUCGCCAUCCCUCACGAUCAAAGACACCAAAGCAUUAGGCAGUCGCAUCGUUGUAUCCACAUGUGGACGUGUAGUCGCUGUGGCCGCCAGCAAUAAUAAGGUGUCUUUGUUCCCUGUGCUUCGCAGUCAGAAUCCAUUAUACGCCAGUGCUGUGUUCUCAAAGGACUUGCGUGAGGAUAUAGAACAUCAGGGCACCAUCACUACCAUUGGCUUCACAACAUCCACCGAUAUCAACCGCCCCCACAGCAUACUGUGCGUCACCUUUGAGCAAAAGAAAGAGACAUUCAUCAACCUCUACCAAUACAGCCACAUUGAUGCCACUGCCACCUGUAUCUCUUCACAAUCUACACAGCUCCGUCCAGACAUGUUCAUCCCUCUUCCACACUCGUCCAACAAGUUCCUCAUUGUCACAAGAGAUGAACAUAUAGUGAUGAUGGGUAUUAAAGGUGAUCAAAUACAAACAUUGGUAAAUACAACAUUGUUCAAAGACAAGGCCAUUCCAACGCGCUAUGACGAGCACUCAAAUGACAUUGUCACAUCACAUUGUUGGAAACAUGACAACAAACAACUACUGCUCUCCACCGAACAAGGACACUUCCUAAAGAUAACAUUCACAUUUGGCGACGAUGACGCCAACAACAACAACAAUUACAUUGAUAUUGACAACAUGGACAUUGGCACAUCUGGACAUCACUCAAUUAUGAUUGAACAACUCAAACCAAUCAAUCAAACCAAGUAUCUGGUGGACUUGCGUCGCGAUUAUAUACUGGCGAUCGGUGACUUGGAUACCUCAGUGAUGAUACAAGUGUCCGCUGAUGGCAAGAUCACCACACACUUCUCCACGGAGAACAACUAUGCGCCAGUGGUGGACUUUAGCGCCGAACCCUCAUCCAUGAUUCCAGACCUCAUGCAGGUCUACAUGUGCAGUAGCCGGGGCAACAUGUACGGCACACUGUCGGUGCUCGAGAACUGUCCGGCCAUCAACAACUAUGGUUACGUCGAGAUUGAUCGCACGUCAGACGUGUGGAGCUACCCAACCAGCCUGCAAUCCAAGUCGGUGCUGAUCGUGGUAGGCUGCGACAAGUUUGCCGAGAUCACUCGAGUGUUCACACUGGACGACGUGGCCACAAUCAGAGAGAGCACGAUGGACUAUCAAUUCAGGAUCAACGAGUCCACGUUGUACAGCAACACUAUCUCCUCUGGCUAUCUCCAGGUGACAUCGAGUCGCGUACGCUUCGUCAGUUCGCGAGACUUCAUUGACUGGAUGCCAAAUGAGGAGCAACAUGGAUUCAUUGUCAAGGCGAUCUCGCGAGGCAACGACAUAAUCAUCUCCUGCUCCAAAUCACUCAUUCAUCUGCGGCUGAACAUUACGAACCGGCAGUUUGAGCUGGCUGCUCAGCGCCUGUAUGAGCACGACAUUUCGUGCCUCGAGAUGGCCAACCCAACCGUUCUGGCCAACUGCACAAAGGAGGAGCAGGCCGUGGUGUCCAACCUCUUCCUGGUUGGCACAUGGCACACGAGGGAGAUACACAUCAAUCGCAUGGACGCGACGCUCUCGACAUUGUACAAGGUCAGCGAUCUUGUUAGCGUGCCACACUCAAUCAAGUUGUGUCGUCUGGGAGACACGCACAUCAAGGUGGUGGCCGGCUUCAAGGAGGGGCAACUACUCAAGUGGGAAUGGGAGAACAUCAAUGUCAACCCAUUCCAAUCGAUAUAUGCCUACAGCAAGCAGCUGUCGCAACAACAUAUUCAACUGAGCACGACGCUGGAUGAUGGUGCGCUGGUCAUGACCAACAAGACCUACUAUCUCACGUUCAUGAAGGGUCAUCCAACAUUCAAGAAGAUCGCCUUUGAAGAUGUAUCAUGUGGUGUCAUCAAUAACGACACGACAGUGACCCUAGUGCAGCCAACAGUUGGUAUCAAUCUGGUCUCGAUUGACUUCUCCAACAAUACAUCAAUCACACCACUUCCGACCCAGGAUCUACAAAACCCAAGACGACUAGUAUUCAUCAAAGAGUUUGGUGUACUGGCCAUACUAUAUGACAAGGAGAUAGUACUUCUGGAGCCAAAUACAAAGAAGGUUAUCAUUCAAAAGAAGCAUGAACUUAGCACUCCAAACUUCCUCAAGUUUUGGAAGUCAAAGAACAUGGUAGUGUUUGGAGGAAAAGGUGGAAAUGAAGCCGGUAUCAUCUACUUCAUGUCCAUAUCAUUGAUGGAUAAUGAAAUUGGAUGCCUUGACUUUAAGAAGAUACCACUUACGGAUGCAGUUCAUUCAAUGCAUCCUUUAGAGGAUAGUUACUUUAUAAUGUCUACAUCCAGGGACACAACAAUCGUAGACUAUAAUAACUUUAGUAAUAUGGAGUCUACCAUCAAUAUACCCUAUCUCAACUCUGUGGUAGACAUUACCUAUCAACAUCGUAGGAUACUACUGGCGACGCCCCGCAAAGGAUUGGAAGUCUACGAGUAUGACAAGAAAGCAAGAACAUGUGUAAAGAAGAGACAUCAAAGGACACCAAUGUUGACAUCAAGUUGUCAAUUCAUGUCUGAUGAUUGUUUUGCAGCAAUUGAUCGAUAUGGUAACUUCACUGUUAUGGCCUAUGGUGAUGACGAACAACAACAAGGUGUUCAUACAUUGAACACUGUGGCCAGCUACUUCAUCAGUGAGUCAUGUACCAAACUACUCAAGGUUGACAACAAUCACUUGAUUUGCUCUGGUAUGCUUGGUGGCAUUUAUUCGAUCAGCAGAAUCACCAAACGAGAGUAUCUUAUACUGAGCAUGUUGACGGAUAUUUUAUGUCUGUUCAAAUUGACGCAGCCACUGUUGGGCAACGACCAUGCCAUGUAUCGUUGUGGACUUGUCGAGAUGCAGUCAAUCAUUGAUGGAGAUAUGGUGUCACAGUUCCUCUUGCUGCCAGAGGAAGUCCAGUUGGAGAUGAUCAAGACGAUGUUGGCGGAUUCGCGUGUCACAUCCUCCACCAACGUGGUGACAGAUAUCAAUCAACCGUUGACCUACACGGAUAAGGUCAAACACAUGGAACUGAUGGCCGAGAGGGACCGCACUAGGGCGUUACUUGAAUCACUCUGUGAGUCCUUCAUACCCACCAACACUACAUCCAACUAG